UGACUACUUGUUUUUUCCCUUGCAUCACCAUGGGGGAGAAUGCUGAGAUUAUAUCAAAAGGAGAAACAUCUUGUGUAGCAGCAACAACAAUUUACUUCUUACUGUGCUCAAUAGGGUGCCAAGGUGGUUAUGGAUUUCAUUACAGAUCCAAAUUGAGAAAAUUGUUAGGUUUGCCAAAGGAAACAUGUAAAGAUAACAUAGUACAUGGAUGCUGUUGUUUUUGUGCAAUUUGCCAAGAGCAUAGAGAACUUAAACUCCAUGGAGCUGAUCCCACCAUUGGUUGGAAAGCAAAUGUAGAGAAUUGGAGAAGUCAAGCGGUAACUGUUCCUCCAUUCUUUGAACCACAAAUGACGCGCUAGGCUUUUGUAGAGAUGGUGG